GGACGACACUACGCCACUACUCGGGUCGGAACGCUCUUACCGCAGCGAAGAGGCUGGAGGCGACUUUCCGCCAACCACGGAUGGAUAUGAUGCUUCCACCGCCACGUCUUCAACAAGACCACGUCCGGUGACUCCCGUCGUCGCAGAUCUACCGGUUAUUCCUAGCCCAUCGCUACCGACAGCCAUACACAGCUCGGGUUCCAUACGGUCCACCCUCCAGUCGUUCAAGCUUGGCAAGUCAUACCUCAAUCGGUUCCUACCGCCUACGGAAGCGUCCUACCAUAUCGAGGACCCGGAAAACGAACACCCCACAGCGCAGAUGGAGUCGGAAGUCCAAUAUGACGGCAAAAGCUUGAUUAGCGAAAUACUGUCACCCCUUCUCGACGACCUGAAAGAACUAAAGGCGUUGACACCGGAGAGCCUGCAGGACUACAAUCAGAAUCUCAACAACGAGACGCACGCUCAGGUUCUUAAGCAGAAGCUGCUACCGAUAGGCCAGCUUAUCGUGGACUGCCUGGAAACAGUUCCACUGAACCGCCGGGGUGCGUUGGAGGUAGCUAUAUGCCAUCACAUCGCCGAUAAUUACUGGCCGUUGCCUGUCAACUUCUUCACCCAUCUGAAAAUUCAGGAGAAAUACCGCAAUGCGCUCUUCAAGUUAGCGCAGCGCACACCUGCCGGAGCCAUGGGGCCAUAUCUCGAAAAGGACUCUGAGCAGCCUCGAGCAUCAGCUAUCGAGCCUGAUCCGCCCCAUUCGUCGUUGGACCCGAAGGAUCAUUCGGAUACGCCACCAUUCCACAGAUCGGCCGCUGAGCAGCCAAAAUCAUCAGUCGUUCAGGCUGCUCCGGGCUCUGGGGACUUCCUGGAUCUAGACCUCUACGAGUUGAGUGCAGAGGCUGUGGAACAGGCAAAUACGAGGAACUUGGACAGCGCAUAGUACCCAAUGGUCAAGUCUCACAUUUUGCCUAGUCUUCCAAGGCUGGACCGAAAAAUCCGGGAAUGUCAAAUGCCCAUGUCACUCUUCAAUCCUCAGUGUACGGGCUAUUGGGACGCUUCUUUCGAGAUCAACAACAACCAAGUUCAUUGGAAGGUAGUAAUACCCCAUGUACGAACUGUAUAUGAGGC